AGUUAACUCACUAAAGAGUAACGCCUCCGUCCGGAUGCGAAACCAGAGAGACGCUUACAGUCUAGCCAGCCGCCAGCGAACAAGAGACACACCCCACCGCCGGGGUUUCGUCUUCGCCUCCCAACUCCAAGCCUUCCCGGACGGGCUCUCAUCUGCGAUUCCUGCCCCCAUCUUCUUUACAUCCAUCCAUCCAUCCAUCCGUCGUCCAUCGCUGCGUGCUGUUUCUUUCUUUGCGUAACGAACAGAUCUGUUGUCUGCUUCCCCCUCUGUCCACCUGCUGCGCAUAAUUCGAACUGCUUCAUGAACGAUGCGGGGAUCUGAGGCAUCGGGCCUCGGUGCUCUCGACGAGGCUCCUUCAACCCUCGUCAUGGCCAACCCGGCAAUGACACAGACACAGAACGGCUUCACCACGCUCCCACGCCCAGCCCCAACGCUUGCAUCCGAUCCCGAUCGCAAUGUUCACCGUCUUCACCGUCUCCAGCAGGCGGGUUUAUCGGCUCAUGUGCCGGUAAAGUAUCCCGUACAUGUGAACAGUAUCGGUGACAAUGCCGGGUCGACCGGGAAGGGGAUCUUGAUCGGGAUCCUCUCUGCGUUUGGAUCCGCGGGAGUCGCAGUCAUCAUCCUUGCGAUCUUCUUUUUCUUCAAAUAUACCAGUCGGGGACGCAUUAUUUUGGAUCGCAUCGGUCGGCCUGGUGAAUACGAUGAUGAGCAGGCAUUUGCACGGGAAGAGGCGGAGGCCCUCGAGGUCAUGGACGACAUCUCACGGUCGGAAUAUUUCAGAGCUAAAGCCUUCGUCCUGGCAUACCCGCCUGAGACGAUGCAGACCGACAUUUCUCUGUCGCAAUUCCUCGCCAUCCAGGAAAAAGGUGUCUCCGCAUGGGAAUUCGAGCCGGAACUCGAAAUCGCCAACUGCUUCGUUGAGGCCCGUACAGAGAUCGAAUUUUUCGAUUCAGUAGCCAGUGUCCAGAGCAACCUACCGAUACCGAAACAGAACGAUGUAUAUUACUGGGAAGCCAAGAUCUACGAUAAGCCCGAGUCGACUCUGAUAAGCAUUGGAAUGACUACCAAGCCCUACCCGUUGUUUAGGCUCCCAGGAUUCCACAAGACGUCCGUUGCGUACCAGUCCACUGGCCACCGGAGACAUAACCAGCCCUUUAACCCCACUCCUUACGGUCCCGAAUUCCAACAGGGUGAUGUGAUAGGUAUCGGAUAUCGUCCUAGGUCUGGAACGAUCUUCUUCACGCGAAAUGGCAAGAAGCUUGACGAUGUCGUGCACGGUCUGAAGUCGCAAAACUUCUUCCCGACGGUCGGUGCCAAUGGGCCAUGCAUGGUCCAUGUCAAUUUCGGGCAGAUGGGAUUCGUGUUCAUUGAGGCCAAUGUGAAAAAAUGGGGGUUGGCUCCUAUGACCGGCAGUCUUGCGCCUCCGCCCCCGUAUGGAAGCGAGCAAGGCAGUAUUCUUCUGGAGUCCGGCCGAGAGAGCACUGCUCCCAAUGCCCAACGAGGCUACCUAGAUGCUGGCUAUGCGCGACCCAGUGCUGCAGUCCGGGUCGCCCCUCCCAGUCCUGGUCCUCUACGCUCCCCUACCGACAUCUCCUUGGCUCAACUCUCUCAUGUCCCAUCACAUGAUGACGGCGGUGAAGGUUCCAGUCGGACAAUGGAUGGCGAUGAGGACCCUCCUCCAUUGCUGUCCGGUGAGCAGGCCGUUCCGCCGCCCGAAUAUUCCAGUCCCCCCGGCAGUCCGCCGCCGACCCACGGCUCUGAUGAGAGGCGCUUCCAUCCCCCGGAUCAGCCGCCUAUCUACGAUGCUGCCGUUGGUAAUCUGGACCGCGGCCCGUCUGAUGUGCGCGAUGACUGUUCCGAACGGUGAUCCCCAGCACCAGCGGCAUUUGUUGUUGUUAUCUUUUCUUUGUCUACCGCGAUCUUUCAAAAUAUACCGUCCUCGUGUCUGUCAGUUGAACUGGUGUUUCUCCCGUGCUGUUUCCUCGAUUUAGCGGUCAUGUCUGGCGUUGGAUGGCUGGUAUAGUUUUUUUUAUUUGGGAUGAUUUUUUAUAUGGGAUGGGAACUGGCAAUGGGUGUGAGGAGGCGAAUCACGGGUCAUCGGCCAUUGCCCAUGGUCUUGGAAGGAUGUUGAGCGAAAAUGCGAGCCGGCGAUUUGCAGGCUCGGGUGCAAUGUGUUCAUACUCUUGGGCCAUGUAUUCUGCGGUUGUUGUUUAUACACGUGUAUAUGGGGCGAGACAGCUCCUUUGCAGUGCGCUUCGUACAUGUACAGUAUGGGUUGAUUUCUGUACAGAAAUUUCGCCACAUGACUUUGAAUACAGAUGUGCUUUUUUCGGAUAUCCCCA